GCUAGCAUGACCCGGCCUCUGCCGCUGCUGCUGCCCGUGGUGCUCGUGGCAGCGGCCGCCUCGGGCGCGCGCUGCCCGCAGGACCAGGACCGCUGGGACGCGAGCAACAAGGCGCUCACGGCGUCGCUCGUCUUCCAGGGCCGGCUGCUGUCCAAGUCGGUGGACGCAGCAGGCAACCUGCUGGCGCGCUUCCGCGUCCAGAAGGUGCUCAAGCCCAUGCUGACGGCGACGUUGCGCCGACGCCAAGAGGUCGUCGUCGCCCUGGUCAAGAGCCGGCCGCCGCCCACGCACCUCAAUCGCUCCGCGUCGCCGCGCACCCCGCGUCGCGAUGCGCUCCACAACGAGGCCCUGGCACCCCGCCGGCGGACCUUGUGCCCCGUGUCCGUGCCGCAGGGAUUCGUGUUCAACGCACGUUACCUCGUCUACGCCAACCCGAUCGCCGGCCGUGCCGCACGACGGCUGCUGCUGCCGGCGGCGGCCAACUUCUCGGCCGCCGCCACACCUGACCACUACACGCGCCGCGCGGGACGCGCCGUCAAGAAGGUCGUCUGCAACGGAUGCGUGCUAAAGCCGGCGCAGGCCAAGUGGCUGCGGUCCACGUCGCGGGUGGACGCGUACCGGCGGUUGCAGCUUCGCUGCAAGCUCAACGGGAACCCGAUCCCCUGGGUGCAGUGGUACUUCAUGGGCAAGCCCGUCACGCCAAACUCCAGGGUGCACAUCGUCACCAAAUGGCGCCGGUCUCGGCUGGAGAUCAAGAGCGCCCGGCGGCAGGACUCGGGCCUGUACGAGUGCCGCGCGUGGAACGUGCUACGCAAAGAGCCGUCCACGGUCUCCGUAAGCGUGUCGGUGCGCGACCGCUACCCACCUCCACCGCCCACGCCGGAGCCCACGAGGGCCACGGCGUCCACCACGACCAACGACUCUACACUAUGGCCCUUGAAAGGACGGCCCUGCCCGCUGGCCUCCUACUGCCUCAACGGAGGGACUUGCAUCUUCUACGAGGCCGUCAAGGAGCCCGUCUGCCAAUGUGCAGAAGGAUUUAUCGGGCAGCGUUGCGAAAACAAAGACACUGCGUCGCUGAAAACAGCGCCUCCUGAAUUCGAUACGACGAUCCAAAUGAUGCAGUCCUACUGGGUCCGAUAGGCAUCGCCUGCUCUAGGAAACUAUUUAUACAUAUAUAUAUAUAUAAGUAUAUAUAUGAGAUGGUGUGUGUACAUAGACUAUUUAAAACAAGCAACAAAAGAUUCACUGGAGAAGAAGAGCCAACGAAAAAUCAAAACGCUUCGAAAUGAACAGAUGUGGAAGCAAUGAUUGAACCAUAAGCAUUGUCCUUACAGGCAGGGAGUCAUGAUUAUAUAGUAUUUGUGGCCAUUGUUACGGGGGUGGUGCUAUUCCUGGAAAACUGCUUCCUCAUCGCCUGGACUGCCAAAAGGCACACGAACUCACAAGAAGACAAGGCUAUCGGCCACAUCUGAGCAGACACCCAAGUGUACCCAGAAGGUCGUCAAGCUGCCAGCACUGGCUGGCCAUUCGGCAGUUCCAAGAGUGCGUGACGGUACCACCUCUUGACAAGCAAGCCUCAUCGAGGUUGUCACCGAGGCGUUUUGCCGUGCAGCCGCAACGGCAAGUCGCAGCUGCUACUCCGAGGCCAGCAUCUGGACAGUCAAGGGGCAAGCAGGCUUCGACAAUACAGUGAUGAGGAAUGAGACCAGUCUCUUGCUGGCAGCUCAGCGACAGCCACAAGCGGAGCAUUCCAGUGCCAUUCGUGCAGUUCGGCAGUUCAGGAGCUUGGACUCAUGUGCCGGGACAAGUCUUUUUGACGAAGAACUUGAGCAUCAUGUGCGAAACGUUGUCAGCGAAGUACAGCAUGCGUUUGUCCAUGCCAGUACCAAAGAAAUAACUUGAACAGCAUACUGCAUUUUCUUUUUCAAUGUUGUCGUCCUUGUCAUCGAAAGCUGUGCUUCGCUGACGACGUCCGUGACUCCCCCCUGUACCCAAACCCCUGCCCUACCUCCGUUCAACGGUGGUAGUACGUUUCCGGGCUGAUUUGAGGGAUGGCCCCACCAGCUCUCAAGAAAAAUGUAUUGUGCUUCAGCAGUUUUCUUGUUUUCUCUUCUCGAAUCAUGCCAUUCCUGCAUUUAUUACUGUCGUGUUUUUUUCGUUUGUGCAGAGUAUCUUUUCAACAUGCUGAACAAGUGAACUGCCAUUGAUCUUUUUUUUCAUCAUUAGUUUAGAUGCGUACACCAGCUUCUGAGAUGCAAUGAAUUCUGCAUGUAUCGCGUUGCCUGAAGCCGCAGGCGAUGGCGUAUUGUGGACUAUAUUUAUUUAGAGAAUUCAGCAGCUCAACAAGCUGGGGAUGUGACUUGCAUUUUGGGAAAGCAUUAUGUUAGAUCUUUACCUCAGUAAUGUUUCGUCGCAUCAACUUGAUGUGGCAAAAAUACGCUUGAAGUCGUUAGCUUUAGCACAGCAUUGUGCUGACUGCAUGUUGCUCGCUCGUGCUGUGUUGUGAUUUUUCUUUUUUUAACUUAUGAGUGAUGAGUGUCUGAUAGGCUUUUGUACUUAUGUGGGCCUAAUGUACUGACUCUCGUAUGAGAGAGACCGCUAUAGUUGUUGCAUAUAUACACUACUGGCAUAGUCUCUCGGUGGCACCUUCUCUGGUUGCCGAUGGCUUUAGAAGCUCUGAAGGGACAUUUUGCAGAGUCUGUCGGUGCAAUUAUGUUAUAAGCCUGCUGGGCGGCAUUUUAUUCUCUGCUGUAGGAGACAUUGUUGACAUGCACAAUGACAGUACUCUUCCCUAAUUUUGGCAGCCAGCACAAAUAGGGGUCCUGCACACAGGGAUAACAAGUUAACAUAGUUCUUUUCCAAAUACAUUCACAAAAAGCAAGUAAUCAAUAUAUUACUGACUAGCUGCACUAGAUUGGAACAUACACCAUUUUAGUGACUACAUGAACAGUACAUGUAAUGCUAGAUAGAAUGCACAAGCCCAAGCAUCUAGUAGAUAACGAAAAGAUUAUCAGUGGACAGAAAGCAACUAAUCAGAAGCAUUAAGAUCAUGAAAUUAAAGCAGUAGUGGUAGGGGGCUUCCUCACGCAACUGCCUUUUUUCAGCAAACAGGAUUGCGUUUUGCUCGCUGCAUACUGCUUGCUUAGUGUAGUUCUGUCUGUCAGCAGAAUUGUAUUUAGGUGAAAAUCAAGAGCUGAUUAAAAAAAAGUAGUGUUACAGCCUGGUGCCACCUCUACAUGGCGUGUUCAUAUUGAACAGGCUACAAGUACUUUGCAGUGGGCAAGUAUAAUAUAAAUGGUAUACAGAGCGCGUUGACACCUUUCUAUGGCAAAUACAUUUUUAACUUGUUGUAACUCCCACAUAUUCAGCCACGACAGUACACUACCUGACAAAAUCAAAUAUUAAAAUGUUAAAUCGUAUCUUUUGAUUUGAGACGAGAGAACUAUCUUGAAUGUUAAAGGCUGAAUAUUUGCAAAGCCCUAUCACUAGGCCGUGCUCAUUCAUCGCACAUGAUACAAAGCACACAGUGACUGCAGAGACUGAAUGCACCACUUCUGCCGUUUCAUAAGAUCCCAUCCCUGAACAACUUCGUGGCAGCCACAUAAAUACUUCUGAAGUGGUCUCAGUGGACUGCUCAAGGGAAAGCACACAAUCAAUAUUGAAGUUCUUCAUUCAGAUAUUUCCUUUGUUUGUGUUGCACAAUCAGCAAUAAGAUUAGUUCAAAUAUUACUAAACAUGAACAGUACAUCUGCGGAAGCAAAAAAAAAAGUUCCGUUGUUCUAGAACAUUACAGAGCAGCAGACUUGAAAUACCACGGGAAGGACUGCAACGGUCACAAAAUUUAACAACAGAGCAGGCAAUUGCAAGCAACUGCUACCCUGGAACCUAGAGAAACACCUACAUUGGAUGCUAUAACCUACGACAAGCUGCCAGAAUGCUUUUUCUUUUGAAAAGAUUUGCAAACCUCUUUGGUCAUUCAGCACAACAGUGUACAUACUCGAAUGACUGCAAGAUGCCUGAACUGCUCCGAUUGGGCUUUGCAACCUAGAACAAUUGAAUCGCAUUUUCCUAAGUUUAUUUUAGCAUGUACGGCCCCUAUAGUACAGUUUAAGCACUGCCUAAUUAAGUGUAGCCUCCUCUACCACAGCUCAUCCUACAUGAUGUGCCUGGCUCGAUAGCUAUGUACGGCAAAAUUUUGCCAAUUAGACUAGUGAGUUGUAGAAUAUGUAAAACCAAAAUAUGCGUCUUUUAGCUGCCACUGAGUUGAGCCUUAUUAGCAUAAUUUCACUCUAAAUAAGGCAUAGAUUCAGAAGCCACCGGGGGACCCUGCCACUGCCAAAGUGUGUACACGAUAAGCUUCUAGAGUCACACGGUGGCCAGGCAAUGCCACAAGCUUCUAGAUCACUGUUUGUGAGAAAACAACAUGCCGUGUUAUGGUGUAUGUAAGCACAAGUGCGUGGCCUUGGUCAUCACAAUGCAAUGCUGAAUUCAGUUUUGUUUUCACAAUUUCGCUUUGAAAGCAAGACGGUAACUGUCGAAAAAUGGCUACAAGCUACAUCUCAUAACAGAUGUGUCCUUCAUUGUAACUGCAACAAGCUCUCAUAACCAAAGAGUGUGUGGACUGGUUUUGCAAAGUGUUUUCGCUAAUGCACAAGGAUAUGAAAACCAACCCGGAGUUUACAAGUGCUAAGCAUAUUGAACAAGUGUCCAAACAGCAGUAUACGAGCAAUAGAUUAGACCCCCUUCUUUCCUGUGGGACCUCGGGUUACGGUGGAGUAGGCUUUGAGGUUCCCCCUUCACACAACUUGGCCGGCGCUCUUUCUUACACCUUGAUCUCAUUUAGUUCAUUGUGUCUAUGUAAUGUAGUAGUGUGUCCUCCCAAUUAGUCAGUCCAUACAUACACCGACAGCAGCAGCAGCUCGGCUUGCUUUCAAGUGUGAAGUACGCCCACUGGCUUUGUGGUCACACGCAUUGGUUCAGUCACAAUCACUGCAAGUCAUUUCGAGCAGCCUUUUCCCUUCAUUACUACCGUUGUUCCUAAACUUUUGCCGAUUACUUCAUUUGUAUCUAAGCUACCCUCAUUUCUUACACUGAGCAACAGCACUGUUCGAGCUUUGAUGCGAGUCACUGUUUGUGAAUGCCUUUGAUAGCGUGUGAUGGUUAUGCAGCAGCUUUGUAUACUUCGACGGUGCUGAGUGAGUCUGGAAAGAAAAGGUUAAGAAUUAUAGGAGUGUUUUUAUGGAGAUUCCACAGCUGCCAGCAUGCACUUCGAGUGGUUGUAAAUAGUGAUGCAGUUUGGUUCUUGUACAUAGCUUUUUUUUCUUCCUGAUACAGUAACAUUACAAAUACAAGUUAAAGUGUUAGAUCUGUUGAGCGUGCAAAGGGAACAGAAAACAUUAUGGCCUUAUUGUGCAAACCUUUGCACAAGUGGAACAUGCGUGAGUGCAUGUAAAAUUUUUUAAAAGUUUGGUCAGAAAUGUCGCAUUAGAAAAAUGUUCAAUUAAUUUGACCAAAUUCUCGGCCAGUGCUUAAAAAAAACGGUAUGUCGUCCAAACCAUACCAAGAUUGUUGUACCAAAACUGUGUUGACUGAGUGUAGUUGAUAACCAAUGAAAAUGUUCUACGGAAUACAGGGUGCCAACUCAACUGUUACUCUGCCUUCCAAGCUGGUCUGGGCUUGCUUCCUUUUUUUUUUGUUCAUACAAGUCAAUGUGUGCAAAAGCCUUAAAACUGUGUUAAAAAAGAAAAGAAAGGGGCACCAUUCAUGUUAUGCACGAUAUUGUAAGCAACACAAAUACUGCUCUUGAAGUUCCACAAGAACAGCUAAUAUUUACCUCGAGUGACUCUACCUUCCAAGUGUGAACGACGUGCUGCCUGCAUUUGAAGUCUGUGUUGUUGGUAGGUGGGGUGUGUGUGUUUUUAAUGGCCAGGGUGCUUAGAAAGAGUCAAUGGCAACACAAAGCACCAUGGUCAAAUGUAGCCAAAAAAAAAAUUUAACACAUCACUGAUGUUCCAGUGUAAUUUUGCCCAUGGCCCCCAGUUAGCCGACCCUCAUAACAUGCCAGAAUUACGGGCUGCACUAAAAUUAUACAAAACAACAAGUGGGCUAAACGAAGGAGUCCCUAAUGGAGUCAACUACGAGGUGCAACUGCCAGAACGUUGCCAAAUGUGACCCCAUUGCUGCAAUUGUCAUUUAAAUAGUGCGAUAGCCCACCGACUGGCCCUAAUAAAGGGAAGAGCGAAAUUUGAAUUCGUGAGGCUGACAUAGAAAUAGCAAUAAUUUUUCAGAAGGAAAAAAUGCCCCAAGCUGACAAGAAGGGGCGUUGAGGCAGGAUAUAAUCUUAUUACAUACGUAAAUGGGAGGAAGUUUCGGAUGCUAAAAAUAGCACUGAGCAGUAAAAUAUAUUUUGAUGCCAUUAAAACGGAACCCCUAGAGAAAAGAAAAACACCAAGAAUGGGAAGGAAGAAAGGUUCAACUCUUGGUUUUUGCAUGCAGAUAGGUUGUUGUGCAAGUGGCAUGCAAUUUGCAACUUUUUUUUUUUUUUCACGGUAAGGUAGCAACAGAAUUACAGGUGCAGUGGUUUGUUGCCCAACUUUCCUAGGGCACUGCUUCCGAAAACCUGUGCAUGAGACACUAAAGACUUUUCUUUGAAAUCUGAGCAGUGCCAACACAAAGCAUUGUAUUUGUGAGCUCAGGGAGCAUGGGAACACUGCCUUCAUUGUUGGUAUUGUGUAGAAAGACUUGCUAUACUCUGCCAGAAAAAUACUGUGUGACUACUUUUGGUAGACAGAGUAUUGUUUUAAAGUCAGUAACUCUGGUGUUUCCAGUUUUUUUUUUUUCAAACCUGUUUGAAUGUGCGCGAGUCUUGAAAGGCAGCUCUCAACCAGUGCUGCAUUUAUGAGUGACAAAGAGAAAGACCGCAUUCAUAGCAUUGCAUUUUCUUUUCAUUUGUUUUACAUUUUAAAGCACACUAUUUUGCAUUUUUCACUCCCUUUACUAGCAGAGUGGCAUCCACUGAAACAGAAAUGUUGUAAAGCGAUGCUAUACCCUACUUCGUUGUUUUUUUUUUUUUUUUUUCAGAUAUCAUCACCUACACUUGUUACGAUAUGAAAAAAAAAGUGUCAUUCACUGGAAACGUGUGCCAUAUGUUUCAUAGCACAUUCGGAUGCAUUUUAUUUAUUAAUAAAAUAAAAGUCGGUUAUAUGA